AUGGCCAUGUUUCCUGAUGGGGCCCUGCCCGACCAGGGUUCUCACCUACCCCAGUGCCUGGACAGCUGGCUGCAUCUCUCCCUCAGACUCUCACUACUGGAACCCCCAGAUUCUGCAAAGGGGGCAGGAACCGUCACCGCAUUGUUCAAUGAUGAAAACCGAGGUCUGCAGGAGUGCGGUCCCUGGAAGACCCAGGAAGACGAGUCUUCCCGAAUCUCCCACGGUCCCUCCAUCUCACUCGUCUUCCUCCCCCUACUUCCCAGCCCCCGGCACCAGCUCGACACGAGCUUAGUGGCUUUCAGGCAACGGAAGCUGUGUGACCUUGGGCAAGACACCGACCCUCUCCGGACCCCGCGGCGUUCGGACAUCCAGAAUGCAGACGGACAUGGCGAGGCCAAAGAACUGCAGCGUCUCCGGCUCGCGGUCCGUGACCCGCCGGGGGUGGCGGUCGGGACGUGCGCGGGGCGCAGGGCACGCGGGGGCUCGGAGUUCCCUGGGGCUCCCCGAGCGGGGGCGUUUGGACCUAGCGGACUGGGAGAAGAGCGGCACAGCUCCCGCUGCCGGGCCCGGGACUGCGAGGUCCCACCGUGCGGGCGCCGGCAGAGGCCUGGCGGGAAGCCCCGGCGUGCGCUCCUCCGCCGGCUCGCGGCCGCCCCCUACCGCCGCGUGCUCGCCGGCCCUGCGCCCGGGGCGCUCGGCGCAGGGUCCCGGCCCGGCGUUACCUGGGGCGGCGGCGGGGCUCCACCCCCUCCCGGCGGCCGGCGCGUCGCUCCCGCUGCAGCCCGGGCUCGCGGUGCGGCUGCGGCCCGCGCGCCGCCUGCCGCGGCCCCUCUCCGGCCCCGUGCAGAGGAACCGUCCGCGGACCUCACCGCCCGGGCGCGCGGGGCCCACGCCGGCUGCGCAGCUUCCAGGACCCCCGGCCCUGCCCCUCGCGAACGGAGCUGCCUGGACCGCACCACGCGUGCGGGAGCGCGGGUGGCGCGGGCGGGGCGGAGCCUCUUUCGGCCGCGCCCGCCCAGCGUCAGUCGGCCUGGGGUGCGUAAGGGCGCGGCGCCUGGGGCCUGCCAGCCUCCGUGACCUUGGAGGAGUGACUUCGUUUCCUCGUCUGUGAAACGGGAAACAAUACGACCCCGUGGUCGUUCAGAGAAUCUUCGCUUCCCGGAGAGUGUGUCCCCUCCCCCAGCCCCGGUGGGCGCGGGGGUAGCUAAUAGCUGCUCUGGGGUCAGCAGAUCUUGGUUCCCCACUUUGGGCCAUUCUCUGAGCCUCAGUUUUCAAGUCUGCGGAAUGGAAGUGAUGAUACCUUCUUCAGGAGGAGGAUGGGAGACUCCUGUGACAAAAGACAAGGCGGCCGGCAGAGACGUGGGGAGGGAUUACGCUUCCCGCAACCCCUGUGUCCCCAUCGCUAGAGCCAACCUGGACCAGGGCAUGGCCGGCACCUGCUCAGGCCGCGGGUCCCAGCCCCGGAGGGGAGCCCCACCGCCCCCGCCCCCUGGGCGCAUUAGGCCAGCGAGGGCUGCACCCUGCUGCGGGCCGCGCUCUGGCUGGCAUGCAGGUGGUGGUAGUCCAUGCAGACCGCGCCUCUUGCAGGCUGCCCAACCAGGUCGUCUUCUCAGCCCAGGUUUAGGUCCUCUGCGGAGGGCUGAUUAGACGGUGGAGCGGCUGCCUCCCGGUCUACUUAAUUUUUAAAGCUGCCGUUCGUUGACAGAACAGCCAACUAAAGGAGAGCUUUAGAGGGAAUGAGUGCGCGGAAGGAGGCUCUGGGGUGGGGAGAAGGUGGUCUCAUGGGUCCCCAAGUUCUUUCUUUCUUUCCUUUCCUCCUCCCUCCCUCCCUCCUUUCUCUCUCUCUCUCUGUCUCUCCCCUUCUCUCUCUCUCUCUCUUUCUUCUUUUCUUUGCUUGCUUUCUUUCUCUGUCCUUUCUUUUUUUGACGGAGUCUUACUUUGUCGCCCAGGCUGGAGUGCAGUGGCACGAUCUCGGUUCACUGCAACCUCCACCACCUGGGUUCAAGCGAUUCUCCUGUCUCAGCCUCCCGAGUACCUGGAAUUACAGGUGCAUGGCACCACGCCCGGCUAAUUUUUUGUGUUUUAGUAGAGACGGGGUUUCACCAUGUUGGCCAGGCUAGUCUUGAACUCCUGACCUCGUGAUCCGCCCGCCUCGGCCUCCCAAAGUGCUGGGAUUACAGGAGUGAGCCACCGUGCCCAGCCCCCAAGUUCUUUCUAGGGUGGAAGGCUGUGAGUCUGUGACAUCACGGGGAUAUUCUUGGGUUGGUUAUUUGUAAGAGCAAUGAAGGGACUUUGUACCCUUCAGAGUACAGCUUCUGGGCGGGACUGGGGAGUUGAGGGAUUGAAUGCAGACCCAGACUCUGCAGGUCCUCUCUGAGGCUGUACACUAGGUGGGCGUCAGAGAUAUUGCAGGUGAAGAAAUGGCGGCUCAGAGGGAAGGAGACACUUGCCCAGCUCCGGGGCAAGCUAACACUUGAUUUCGACUUGACAAAUUUCUGAGUAUGUAGUGGGUGCGCAUAGCAAAGACAGGUAAUGAGAACUUUUCUUUUUUUGGGGGGGGGGAGGGGACAGAGUCUCACUCUGUCACCCAGGCAGGAGUGUAGUGGUGCAAUCUUGGCUCACUGCAACCUCACCCCACCCCACCCCCAGGUUCAAGCAAUUCUUGUGCCUCAGCCUCCUGAGCAGCUGGCACUACAGGUGCGCGCCACCACACUGGGCUAGUUUUUGUAUUUUUAGUAGAGACGGGGUUUCACCAUGUUUCAUGUUUCACCGUGUUGGCCAGGCUGGUCUUGGACUCCUGGCCUGAAGUGAUCCGCCCGCCUCAGUCUCCCAAAAGUGCUGGGAUUACAGGCGUGAGCCACUGCGCCCGGCCGAGAACUUUUUCUGAUUAAAAAAAUUUUUUAAGGCACACACUUCAGACAGUGACUGUGAAGGAACCCUGAUGUGUAUCUAAACUGUUGCCUCAUGUACAUCACCCCAUUACUUACCCUGUGCUAAGUGCUGUCAUGCAUUACAUCAUUACUCCUUAGAGCAGGCCUAUGAGGUGGAGUCUGCAUUAGGCCUCUUUUCAACAGGGACACCAAUAAUGUGGGAGAUGAUGUACCUUGCCCAAGCCCCCAGCAGGUAAGUGGUGGGGGGGAUUAGAACCCAGGUCACCUGAGUCCAUAUACUGGGCUCUUAGCCCCACUCUGCCUGGCUGCCUGCUGUUCCAUGAAGCCAACCCUGGACCUAGACCUGGACCUGGAUCGUCACAGCCCAGAUCCCCGUGUGCUUCCCAGGCUGCCUUGUGGCAGGUGGAUGGUGCCCCUUGAGAUGGGCAGGGCACCAUCUGGCCACACAUCUUGAUGGGUCCAAAGGUCUGGGCAGGCCAGGACACACCUCUGGCAGCCAGAGCAGUGACUCGGAGCUGUCGGCCUCAGCCGUAAGGGCAGGGAGGGAGGGCAGGGGCUUGGAUUGGGGUCUGCCCUAUUUGGGGCACAGCAGAGUGACCAAGCUGACUCCCAUGGUCUGAGGCAGAGUGGGGAGCCUGGAGCCUUGGGUGGGGUCACCUGCCUCGCCUCUUACCAGUUAAGCCACCAGUGAUGACUGGUGCCUACUUCCUUCAGAAAGGAAUCUGAUGGCUGUGGCAGGAAAGUCAGGGGCAAGAAUCGUUGCACAGACUUGUGCUGAUAUCCCGGUUCUGCCACCUUCUGCAAUCUUGGGUGGUGAUCUAACCUGUCCAGGUGUCUCUUUUCCCAUCUGUAAUAGGGGAAAAAAAUCAUCCCUGGAGUUACUGGCAGGAUUAAAUGAGGUGAUAUUAGUAGUAAUAAUGCAAUGGUCGCCACCAUGCCACCAUGAAAACAUUCAUCGAGACCUUACUGUUUUGGGCACUGUGCCUGGGACUUUCAAUGCGUGAUUUCAUUACAUCCUCACCACCACCUUCCCAGGUAGGCAUCAUGGAUUACCUGCAAUUUCCAGAUAAGGAAACAGUCUUAGAGGGGUGAUGUAACUUGCCCUGCCAAAAUUGAACCCAUUUGUGAGUAUAUAGUAGGUAAACAAAAAUAAUAAAAAUAAAAUAAAA